UUCCGUCGCAUUGGGGAGCGCCAAGAUGGAUGCUCCGUGGGCUCGGGAACAGCUCCGGCGCCGUUACUUAUUUCCUCCCGAAGCGGAGCUGGACUGCGAGGACGACGCCAGGCCAGAAACUUCCAUAGCUGUUGAGAAAAAGGAGAGACCUCUUCCAAGACUUAACAUUCAUUCUGGAUUCUGGAUUUUGGCAUCCAUUGUUGUGACAUAUUAUGUUGAUUUCUUUAAAACCUUUAAAGAGAAUUUUCACACUAAUAGUUGGUUUCUUUUUGGUGGUGCCUUGUUGUUUGUCAGCCUGUCAGUUGCGUUUUACUGCAUAGUCUAUCUGGAAUGGUAUCGUGGGAUUGAAGAAUAUGAUGUCAAGUACCCAACGCUGGUACCCAUCACAACCGCAACUUUCGUUGCAGCAGGGAUUUGCUUCAACCUGGCUCUGUGGAAUGUAUGGUCAUUCUUCACUCCCUUGCUGCUGUUCACCCAGUUUAUGGGGGUCGUGAUGUUCAUCUCACUCCUCGGAUAAGCUCAAGACUUAAGAACAUGACCAUUUAAAAUGAACAAAGCAUCCAGCUUGUGCCACUGACGUGAAGGAGAAAGAAGCCCAGUGUGUACUAGUGUCUCCAAAGUGAGUUGUUUCCAUGGAAAAAUUGUGACUUUCUAAAUCUGCUGUUGAAAUCAGAAUAAAUGAUCUUUCUCUCGGGUGUUCGCAGAAA